AUGAAUCUCCAUAUGCUUCCACUUUUAUGUUGUCUGCUUUUAUCGCCUCCUAUCGACGGCCGUGUGUACCUUAAAGAGACCUUCUCCACAGUUGAGCCUGAACACCUUGGCGUUUUUAAACAUAGCCGCAGAACGAAAGAGUACAGUGAGUUUGAAGGCAUCUACACCGAGGACACUUUCAAAUACUACCGAAUGACCCGAAAAUCGGCUCCCUUUGCUAACCUGAACAAGACUCUGAUAUUUCAGUAUGAAUUUCAGUACCCGAGACGACACGAGGGGAAGCUGCACAAGUGGAAGAAAAGGGGCACAUUUCCGGGCGACGAGGAUCGGCAUCUGCUAACCCUGCGGCUCUUUCCUAAUGAUACCUACGCAGUAAAUUUGGACAUGGAGACUAUAGCUGGCGGAAGGCUGGUUGACGAUUUUACCGAAUUUCCACCAGAAUUUAUUUACAAUGCGAGUGUUGCUAAGCCGAAUGAUUGGGAUGACAAAGAGUUCUAUGAGGAUCCAUCUGACAGAAAACCGAUCUACUGGGAAGAUGAGAAGAUACCCGACCCAGACUUUGACCCUCAUCUCACACAAGGACUCGAUUCUGAGCCCUGGGAUAUACCUACUGUGGCAAAUCCGCACAGAAUCUACGAAUGGCAGCCCAGGCGCCUUAGAAACCCACGCUACAUGGGCCCCUGGCUGGGUCAGCCUAUGGAGAAUCCCAAUUUCUCCACCUCGUUGCACGACCUUGGUGUUAUUGGUGGCGUGGCAUUCGAUAUUUGGCAGGUGCGUUAG